AUGGAAACUCAUGCACAAAUGGCUCAGUUAAUGCAUACAUUGAUGACAAAUCAGGCCACUGUGCAAGGGACGAGAGAUCUGAGCACGAUUGUGGAGUCCCAUUAUUUAAAGGACUUUCAGAGGUAUAAACCGCCCACUUUUGACGGGGGUAAGAUGGACCCGGUAGCAGCUGAGAUUUGGUUGGAGGCUGUAGAGAUAGCCUUUAUGUACAUGAAAUGUCCACCAGAAUAUCAAGUCCAUUGUGGGACUUACAUGUUGAAGGGUGAAGCCCAUUUUUGGUGGAAAGGUGCAGAAAGGACUAUUACAUCAGAGGGAGGUUAUAUUUCCUGGAAUCAGUUCAAGGAAGCCUACCUGUAUAAAUAUUACCCAGUAGUUGCUCUACUCAAGUGUCAGACAGCAUUCCUAGAACUGAAACAGGGGGACAAAACUAUUGAGGAAUACGAUCUUGAGUUUAAUAAACUGGCAAGUCUCCGGAUAGAGCUUCAGGGUCCAGUUAUAGUACAAGCAUCAUCAGAUUAUGCUGUAGCCCUGAGAGUGGCAACGCUGAUGGAUAGGCCACGACAGAUGGCAAAGCAAAAUGUGUCGAUAGUGACCACUCAGAAUACCUUUGGCCAACGAAGAAGGCCUAACAGAAAUUCUUUUAGAUCUGACAGACAGCCUCGAGGGCGAUUUGAACGUUGGGGUAGAGCCCCAGAGCAUAACAGACCUGAAUGCCCUAAUUGUAAGAGAUAUCACGAGGGAGAGUGUUUUGCUGGAACAGGAGGAUGCUUUGGUUGUGGCAAGCCACUCCAUCGCGUAGCAGACUGUCCUCAUAAGAGAAACCAUGAGGGAAAUAGACUAGUGGGACAGAAUUAG